AUGGUGAGUCAAGCGGGUGGCGUGGACCGGCAGCACGUGGUGUUCAGCGAUGAAUCUCGCCUCUGUCCGUGCGGAGAUGACCAGAGAAUUAGCGUGUGGAGCACCCUGGCAAACGUGAAACCCCGCGGUUUACUGCCAAACGCAAAACGGCUCAGAGACCUGGUGUCAUGCCAACAACCUAAUGACAUUAAUCCCAAAAUGCAAGAAAACGUUAAAAAAUUGUUUAACAUUACUGGAGCUUGGAACCACAAACGAGUUAAUCUCUUCUACAAGCAAAUUGUGAGAAACAUUCAAGGAUAUCCUAUAAAAAUGACAAAAUUUUUCUACGCCCCUUAUUCAUUUGAAAACGGCACGUGGAUCAAAAACCUUUGUUUUCGAGGACGUGAUCUUUGCGUUCGUGAUACCAUUGUAAAACACUUGAACGCCACGCUAAUAGAAGUAAACCCGAAGGAGAGUGGAUUCGGGAAUGUGAGGCAAAACGGAUCUGCCACCGGCCUAAGAGCCGAAAUAGUGUACGGCAGAGCCGAUAUUGCCUUCAUCACGCGUUUUCUCCUCCCUCUGAAAGUGCAAUAUUUCGAGACCACGCGGGUAUUUGAAGUGGGGGCAUACGUGGGGUUGGUGCGCCGUGCCCCAGAAGUCCCGGAGAUCCUGAAACUGGUGCUGGCGUUUGAAGGCCCUGUCUGGCUAGCGCUGCUGGCCACCACUCUCCUGUUCCCACUGACUUGGGCCGGCGGGAGGGCAGACUUUCCGAAGUGCGUUUUUCUGACGUGGGGAAUCCUGGUGCAGCAAGGAGUUCACCUUCCGUCCUGCGGGUUGAGGCAUCGUAUGUGCUUCCUUCUGUGGGCGCUCUUCACUCUGGUUCUGGCCACGGCGUUUGUGGCCGCGUACACCGACCUCCUCGUGUCGCGAGUGCGUCUGGAGGACGUGGACACUCUUGACGACUUCUUAGCCAGGGGCCUCACUCUUUUGAUCCCCAACAGCCUCAAGGAGCGCGACUUUAGCGAGCGCCUACGCGGGAGGACGCGAGCGACCACGCACGACAUGGGCAGAGCGCUAGCUCAGAUGCCAUGUGCUGUUGGGCCCCGCAGGUUCGAGGAGGUGCUGUUGGCGCCCAACGUGGGGCUGAGCGGCAGUCGCGUGGCCGCCGAGUGGGCGUUGCGCCUGGCGCGCUUCUGCGCCGCCGACGGGCAGCCCCUGCUGCACCUCAUGCGGCAGCACCUCUUCUCCUACUUGGGCGCGUACGAGGUGCGCCGCGUCUGGCGUUGCAGCGGCCCCACCGCGACGCGCUUCCCACUGCAGAACCCAGCGCCGCCCGGUAGCCGCAUUGCGAUGCGGUUGGAAAAGUCG